AGACAACUGGUCGCAUCAACUUACCUGGUUUUUGCAUUUUGGACUAAUAGUACAUACAGGGAAAUGUUGGACUCGAUAUACAUAUUCAUCAUCAUCAUCAUCAUCGUAUCACCACUUCUUAAACCUGAAGAAAUAAGCAAAUGGCUUGACAUUCCAACACUUUAUAUGCACUACAAACAUGAUUGGAGUAAACCAGGAACUCAAUUCAAUCACUUACAAGCUCUGAUUGAGUAUUUUAUUUACAAAGACUUGUCUAUUUCUUAUAAUGUUUUAAAUGCUGAAGCAAAAUUUUUGUGCCGUAUUUUCCCAUACUAUCAAGCAAGUUACAUAAUUAAGCUUCUUGGCGAAAUAGGAAAUGAACCCAACAGAAUAAGAGUGGUGGCAAGAAAAUUGUGCUUGAAAGUUCAAAAGAAAUCCAUUGGUGGUUCUGGCAGAUCCAGACCCGUUAAUAAGAAUACAUUAAAUAAUAACAGACAUUUAUUGCCAGAUAACCCAGAACUUCCAUUAACGCAAAAGCGUAUUUUUGAACAAAACGAAUGCUCAGAAAGUGAUUUAUUUGUUAAAAAAUCCAAGUCUGAUUGCAAUGAGAAUAUUAAAAAAAAUAAUUUAACUGUGAAUAAUUUUGAACUUAAAAAGGCAAUUGAAGAUGCAGUCUCAAAAAUAGAUCAGAAAAGUGAAGUUUAUUUUCCUGAAAUAGUGAAAAGUAUUUCAGAAAUUCAACUACCUAAAAGGAAAGAUUCUCCGCCCCAACAAAAUCAUAGUUUAAUUUCAACUGAAAAUAAAACCGAAGAAAAAGAUUCUUUAAAUAGUCUAUCUUCGAAAAGCAAUAAUUCUAAUUUAAAUCAAAGUGUACACUAUCCUCAACAUGCGUACUCAGAACAAAUUGAGACUGUCACCAGCACUACAAUGUUCAAUAAACAAGAAGUUCAAAAUACAAAUGUAGAAGUAAAUUCAUCGGAAAGACUGUCCAUAUCUGCAUUACUGUCUGAAACAUAUCAAUCUCCAUUCGAUAUAUUUAGUGAGGAACUUCAGAAUCAAAAUUGUUCUUUAAUUAUGGACAAAUUUACGCAACAUAUAAUUUCAUCUGAUGGUAAAGAAGACUUUGACAUACCCCCAAUACAAACAGGUGCAUUAAACAACAGGAAUGCGCCAUUUAUUAUUGUUCCCAGUACGUCUAAAGAAAAUUUUGUGCCCAGUUUCAGCAGAAUGCCUGAUAAAUAUGUAGAUAACUCCAUAUCCAUUAAUUCAAAUUCACCAGAUUUACUAAAUAAUAUUACAAGCCAUUGUUAUGAUACUUUCCCAACUAGUAAAACAUCAAUAAAUAUGGAAUGGUUGGCCGAAAUGAAUGAUUGUGCUCCAAAAAUUGAGGAUAAUUUAAAUACAGAAUCUGAAAACAAGAAUGUACCGUUAAUUAUUGUCCCCAGUACGUCAAAAGAAAAUUUUGUGCCCAGUUUCAGCGGAAUGCCUGAUAAAAACAUGAACAAUUCAAUACCCAUUCCUUCUAAUUCACAUGAUUUACUAGAUAAUAUUACAAACAAGAGUUUUGAUAAUUUCCCAAUUAGUAAAACGCCAAUAAAUAUGGAAUGGUUAUCCGAAAUUAAUGGUUUUCCAAAAAUCGAAGAUAAUUUAAAUACAGUACAUACAACAUUUAAUAAACCGUCGAGAAAUACUAAAGAUACACCCAAAAUCGUGCAACUAACACCUGUCCAGUGUAAGGUGAACAUUCCCAGGAUAAUGGAAAAAUUUAACGCAAAGAUUUCAAAUAGCCCAAUUGAUUUAACCGUGGAUGCUGAAGAGGAAGACGUGCAAUUAAUGCCUGUGCCAACAAAGGAAACUGAAACGAAUCCUCUGAUUUAUCAGCUAUUGGAAAUUUUUCCUGAAGCUUGUCCAGAUUAUUUAAGAAAGAUAUGCAAGAAUCGUACUAUUAAAUUAAGUGAAAUCGACAGUUUAAUUUCAGAAAUUCUUAGCAGUGAUUAUCCGAAAAGAAAGAUUGUUGAGGAAGAACCAAAAGAGAUUGACGCUAAUGAACUUUCUGAACAUCUUAAAGAACUUCUACCAAAUGCUGACCCAACUUAUUUAGAAAUGAAAGCAGAACAAUUAGCGAAUAAGCCUGAUGAUUUAAAGGUGUUUAUUUCAAAUGCAUUUGAACGUCACGAUUAUCCAACAAUGAAGGAAUAUUUAAGGAGAGUGAAGAUUUCAAGUCAACAAAAGCAAUAUACCACAAAUUUUACAGUUGAAAACUUUUUGGAUGUUAUACCAGAUCCAUUUACCUAUUUCAAAGACUCUUCACGCAAAUCGAACGUCAAAGAUGAUGGUCAGGAUAUCCGCUAUGUAAUUGCGUUCCUAAAAAACAAGUACCCACAAGUUCCUGUUAAAAUUAUAUCCAGCAUGGAUAUAUUAAAAAAUAAUUUAAUUAAAAUUUGCCAAUUGCUCGAUAAGGCGAUGCCGAUGAAGAGUAAACGAAAACCAGUUCCUCUGCCUAAAUUACUGGAGAAUAUUCCUUUGCUUCAAGAGAUUGCUUUUAUACAUCACGAAGAGGAAAUUCAUUCUUUUAUUAAAGUACAAAAGGCAAAAGAAGAACAAGAACGUGAAAUCGCAAAACAGGCUGGUCUGUUGCAAACUUGUCAGUGUUGUUUUGACGAUGAAGUAAUGCCUAAAGAUAUUGCCCACUGUAACAGCGGCUGUGUUUUCUGCAAGAGUUGCGUCAGCAAAUCCAUAGAAGUAGCCUUUGGAGAAGGUAAAUUACAAUUUCCAUGUCUUUCCACUUGUACCUCCGAGUUCAGUUUGCAAACUCUCCAGAACGUGUUGAAUCCGAAAAUAUUCUCAAAGAUAGCCCUUAAAAAGCAAGUGGAAGAGGUUAAAGCAGCUGGUAUAGAAGAUAUCGAAAGUUGUCCCUUCUGCGAUUUCGUGAGUAUUCCAGCAAAAGAGGACAAACUGUUCCGAUGCCUCAAUCCGUCUUGUAUGAAAGAGUCUUGCCGCGAGUGUAAAGAACCAUCUCACGUUCCUCUACGUUGUGAGGAAGUUGAAAAAGAUGAAGAUGUGAAAGCUCGCAUUUAUAUUGAGAACAAAAUGGCGGAAGCAUUAAUAAGGAAGUGCUAUAAAUGUGGGUUGAAGUUUGUUAAAUCAGAUGGUUGUAAUAAGAUGACUUGUUCCUGCGGAGCUACAAUGUGUUAUAUUUGCAACAACCCCGUAAUCGAUUACAAACACUUUAAUGGUCAAGGAGGAACAAAUUUUGAGUUGUGUCCAUUAUACAGCGACACUGAUAAAUUACAUGUUGAAAAUAUAUUAAAAAGUGCUAAUGAGGCUAAAGCAGAAUUAGGAAAAGAAAAUUUAAAAAUUGAUCCCACUGCUGAUCUCCAAAAACAUUAUAAAAUCAAAAAUAGGAGGAAAUCGAAUAAUGUGCCACCACAUGUGGAUCCAUUUGUUGUGAUGAAUGAAGCAGAGCGAAUCUUACAGGUAAAUUACAUAGUAAUUUACAAUACAAGCAUUCAUCCAAAAAUCAUUUUAAAUUGUAUUGUUAAAUAACAGGAAAAUUAGGGCAUAUACAAGUUCCUACCAAUGUUAGGGUUUUUCUAACCCUGGCUCAUAGAAAUCUGCUGUCUGUCUAGUUUGGCAACCACUGUAAUACGACCGUUUUUGACUGAUCACCCAGAUGUUUCUUCCAAUUUAGUAAUAUGUGGUAGUUACUGGACGAUGGAAUGAAACGGAAAUGGGUUUGAAUUUUUAAAGAUGGCUCUAAGAAUAUUCACGAUGAGGAACGUGGGUGUCCUGUUAUUAUUAAAAAUUUGGUACAAAUGGUUGAUAAAAAAGUAAAUGUCAAAAGACAUUUUACAAUUUCGUCAUUAUCUGAUAAGUUUCCUAAACUUUCAUUUGAGCGGUACAAAGGAGGUGAUUAUUUUUUAAGCGUACCGUAAAUAAACAAUUUCAGCCUGGGACUUUUUGCGUCUGGGUAAACGGUUACGUGCUACUAUAGUUACAAAAUCAGGCAGCGGUGUCUUAGAGCUACUGUACAUAAGGUGACUCAGCAGAGCUAGAUUUUUGAAUGAGGAGCAUUAGGAAUUCACACUCAGCCACGCCACAGAAAUGUAGCGCUGCAAACGGGCUGUAUAGUCGGAAGUCUGCUUGGACCCCGGUGGCGACCAGGAAAGGUCGCGCUGUUAACCGUGAUACUACACUUAGCAAUUGGUAAUUUCACACGGUGCUAUUCGCUACGAGCGCAAUCUACGUCAGCACCGUCUGUGUUAUUAGUCAUUAUUCUAUUUAUUAUUAAUCAACUGAUCUUAAUAAUGAAGCGAAAAAUUCAUUUUAUAAGUGUUGUGUCCAUAAUUGUGAACAUACCAUUCGUAAUUCUGCAUAUAAAUUUUAUAGUUUUCCUACGAAUAAUCCAAUGUUCAGGUCUAUUAUUCGUUUUACUACUGUAGCCCCUAACAGCACAGAUAAAUCUACUUGUAGAAUUAGUUAUUUAAGUUUAUACAAAUGAAUCUAACGCGUUGAUAUCAUGCAAGAUAACCUCACCCCAGUUAGAAUUGUAACUGCCAACGUCAAUCCCAAAUUCCAUCUUUAUUUUAUGAAAGCUCACAUACACCUACAACUGCAUAUUCUUAAAAUAAAUUAAAUCCUGCAGCCUUAUUGAUAUUUGUUUUAAUAUUUUUCUAACGUAACAGUAACAUAACCAUACGUUAAUUUAAAUUUCUUCAAGUCAACGUUUGAAAGCGUACAAUUAUCAACUAAAAUCUAGCACAACAUCUGUUUCGCCACCAUAUAUCCUCGUGGUUGAUAUCCUUUAUCAAAUUUUCGUUUACCGCAUAUGAAUACCAAAAGGUUGACUUCUAAUUCAAUGUAAAAAUUGCGAUGGAUUAAUUUGCGUUCUUUUUUCUUUCUGAAGUUAUUGUAAUCAUAUGCGGUACCGGGGUUUUCCUAUUUAUAAUGUGCCUGUAUACACAUUUACUAAUUACCUUUAGUUGUUUUGGUGCAGUUCAAUCAUCGUAUUCAACACAUUGUAAAAUGAUCAGUCGUGUCAUAUGCAAAGCUAAGCUGAGAGUGUGACCCGAUUAAUCUAAAGGAAGUGAUUGUUUAGGGCCCCAUAGUCUAAUCGGAUUAAGUUCACAUAUCAAUAGUGAUUAAAAAUCAAUAGUCGUAGAGAUUAUUUAAGAUCAAGUUUAAAUCGAAGAAUGUUUCCAUUUAUCUCUUCUUUUAAAUAACUGUAUAAUUCGUU